AUAAAUGGCAAAAUUGAUAACGUUAGAAUCCGGAUUAAUGUUACUAUAUACCGUACCGAAUAUGCCUAUAUUAGUAUAUAACCUAUGAGUAGGCUCCAGAUGAGAGGAAAGUCCAAACGAGGUGAUACAGUAUGUCAGCAGGAUGGUUCAUCGUGGUAGCUGCGAUGUGGGGUGCUACAAAUCCCUUUAUCAAAAAAGGAAGCAGUGGAAUCGAAAACGUGAAAGAAGAUGGAAAAGUGUGGCAGUUCUUGAUGGAGCUUAAGUUUCUUAUCACUAAUUGGAAGUACAUUGUGCCUUUCCUUGUAAACCAGUGUGGUUCUGUGUUGUAUUAUCUCACACUCGCCUCCGCUGAGCUGUCUGUGGCCGUACCAAUAACCAACUCCUUGACAUUUCUCUUUACCAUUAUAUCGGGUUGGUUUCUGGGUGACAAGAUCAGACAUUGGGAGACUUAUGUAGGCAUGCUGUUGGUAUUGGCCGGAGUUGCUCUUUGUGUAUCAGACAAAAUCUGAACUAAAAGGGACAUGGACACAAAAUAUGGAAUUGUACUUUUUGGAAAAGUCCCAUGAAAAGUACAUGGACAAGAAACUUGAUUACAUUCCCAAUAUAUGUACAUAAAAUAGAUAUUGGCGUGCAGCAUUUAAUUUCAUAAUGUUGUCUAAAUAGACAAGUGAUAUACGGUACACAUGGCCAAGAAAUCUGGUCACAUUCUCAAUGGACCAAAAAGACGAAGAAACGUGAUUGCAUUUUUUUAAGAAAUUGAUAUUUAAAAAUCACAUAGACAAGAAAAAUGCAAAUUUAGUUUAAUAAUGAAGGGAUUCAUGAAAUGGAUACAAACAAAAAUCAUGUGAUUAGAUUUUAUCUAAAUGGACUCAUAAAACUUACAUGGACAAUAUGCAUGUUCAUUCAUUAUACAUUGUACAUGUGUACAAGUUGGGACUCAAACAAAUUCAAAUAUACAAGUACUUGUUGUUUAAAUUUGAUUUGUAAAUGUCAGCUAAUAAUUGUAAUUGCAUGGAAAUUACAAAUCCUACUUAUUAAUUAACAUUAGCAUAUGUUAUAUUCAUGGUGUUUCAGUAAAAUGUAAUGUAUUUUUUUUUAACAAUUUGGCUUUUUUCUAAAGGUUGCAUCUUUUUUAUAUGUUGGGUAACUCUUCAACAAUGUUUUAUUUAAAAAACUUGUAAGGCUUUACUCAUAGUGUAAAAUAGCCACUUUUUCAUUCCUUUCUCUUUUUGUUACUUCUAUAUGAACAUGGUCAAAAAAUAAAAAAGUAAACACACUUUAUACUAAAUUCAUUGUUCCAGAUUGAUCAAGUCAUACAAAUAAUUAUUUGUAUGCCUGUAAACAUGAUUUACUUUGAACUUAUUCAUUUUUUACUGGCAUUCCAUUUCUAAAAUUCCGUGCUAUUUUACAAUUUUGAUGAUUUAGGGCAAAAGCAAGUUGUUCCUACCAAAUAUAAUACAUGAGACAUUUGUUUUUUAUUUUGCUCAUUUUUUUUGUUACACAUGUACAUUUAUAUUGGUGUUAUUAAAACAUGAAAGGAAUGGAUCAGUUUAA